GACCCUAUCAAUUGGAUUAAUGAAUUUGAACGAGCUGCCACUGCCAAUAACUGGAGCGCUGCUAGAAAACUUGCUAUCGCUAAAGCCUAUAUGUAUAACAAUGCAAAAGAUUGGUUAAAAAGAACAAGAGAAGAAAUUCAGCAAUACGAUACUAGUGAUGAUGAUAAUCAAUUCAAAAAACUAGAAGAUUAA